AUUGAAUAAGAGUAAACUGGUAGGAAAAUGUCUGCUCAGUGUUGGGUUCGAAGAAGUCAAGGCAGACGUGAUUAUUUGCCAUCAUAUCGAUAAUAAUGUGGUGUGGAAGAUGUUUAUUUGUUUGUUCAAUUUUGCUUCUAUUUGGAUCUUAUGUUGAUGCACAACGCGGUAAUGCUUGUCGCACCCCCAAUGGCGAAUGGGCACGCUGCACCUCCAUCUACGACUGCAACCGGCUGCUGAACGCGGUCCAGACCAAGGACACCGUGCAGCUGCGGUUCCUGCGAUCGUCGCAGUGCGGCUACGACAGCGCGCCGCUCGUCUGUUGCGGCGCGGCCGACAACUACGCGCAACAGCAACAACAAUUGGUGGGACGAGGGCUUCCGGUAGGACUUCGGGGGGCAGCAGGAACGGGCAGUUCCGCAGGAAUCGCGCCCUGCCAGACAGGUCCGGCUGCGGAUUUCAGGAUACCGACAGAAUCUAUCACGGAAACGAAACCAGCCUAGAAGAAUUCCCGUGGAUGGCGUUGUUGCAAUAUCGAAACGCUUCCGGCUUCACGAAAUGGGCAUGCGCAGGCGCACUUAUCAAUCCAAGAUACGUUCUGACAGCCGCCCAUUGUGUCACAGGGCUUAGCAGAAGGGCAGGAAAUUUAAUCAAUGUCAGACUGGGUGAACACAAUACCGAUACAGACAUCGACUGCGAAGGACCGAGAUAUUGUAAUGAACGCCCUGUAGAUGUGGCCGUUGAAAGUACCGUGUUCCACGACGGUUACGACAGAAACAAUGAUAACAGAUACAACGAUAUCGCAUUGGUCAGGCUCAGCAGACCAGUUCAAUAUUCGAAUUUCAUCCGACCGAUUUGCCUGCCCGAGCCAAACGAAGUGGCGAACGUCGGUGAAAACGUGAUCGUAGCUGGAUGGGGAGCUACCGAGCUGCUCACCCGCAGCCCCAUCAAGCUGAAGCUGCAGCUGCCAAUCGCCGAUAAGGAUCAGUGCUCGAGGACGUUCAGGACUGCCGGGAUCAGCCUGAGGGAGUCACAGAUUUGCGCAGGGGGUCAGGAGGGCAGGGAUUCCUGCACAGGCGAUAGCGGCGGACCCCUGAUGCAGACUUCGAGAAACGAUACUUCUCAAUGGUACUUGGAGGGCGUUGUAUCUUUUGGGGCCAGGUGCGGCUCUGCAGGAUGGCCAGGAAUAUACACCAAAGUGGAAAGUUAUCUCGAAUGGAUACACGGCGCCGUACGAAACUGAUCGAUGAAAUAGUAUAUUGAAACAAUUCAACUGUUUUGGAAAACCUCCAAAAAAUAAAUUUUCCUCGAAGUUUGGAAUUUAGUAUUAUAUCAAUGUAAGUGUAGUGAUGCGUAUACA